GCACAUUGUUCCCCGCCCCCGCCCCGGCAACCGCUGCCGCUGUCGCCGCCGCCACCCGGCUAUAAAAACCGGCAGAGCCCAGAAAGGUGCGGAUGCUUAUUAUAGACCGACGCGACACCAUUGCCGGGUGCCAGAGUCUCCGUUGAGGCUUUUUGGAGAGAGCUACUUGAAACGCAUCCACAUUCUGGGGACCAAAUAAAGGAGGACCCUGCAAAAGUCGCGACUAUCUUCCCCUGGGGCCAUGGACUCGGACGCCAGCCUGGUGUCCAGCCGCCCGUCGUCGCCGGAACCCGAUGACCUUUUUCUACCUGCUCGGAGCAAGAGCAGCAGCGGCGGCGGCUUUACCGGGGCCACAGUGUCCUCGUCCACGCCAAGCGACUGCCCGCCGGAGCUAAGCGCGGAGCUGCGCGGCGCCAUGGGCUCAGCGGGAGCGCACUCUGGGGACAAGCUGGGAAGCGGAGGCUUCAAGUCAUCGUCAUCCAGCACCUCAUCGUCCACGUCGUCGGCGGCCGCAUCGUCCACCAAGAAGGACAAGAAGCAGAUGACUGAGCCGGAGCUGCAGCAGCUGCGCCUCAAAAUCAACAGCCGCGAGCGCAAGCGCAUGCACGACCUCAACAUAGCCAUGGACGGCCUGCGCGAGGUCAUGCCAUACGCGCACGGCCCGUCGGUGCGCAAGCUCUCCAAGAUCGCCACGCUACUACUGGCGCGCAACUACAUCCUCAUGCUCACCAACUCACUGGAGGAGAUGAAACGACUGGUGAGCGAGAUCUAUGGCGGCCACCAUGCUGGCUUCCACCCGUCGGCCUGUGGCGGCCUGGCUCACUCCGCGCCGCUGCCCGCCACCACCGCGCACCCCGCGGCCGCGCACGCCGCGCACCACCCGGCAGUGCACCACCCCAUCCUGCCGCCCGCAGCUGCUGCCGCCGCUGCUGCCGCUGCGGCCGCUGCGGUGUCCAGCGCCUCUUUGCCUGGCUCCGGGCUGUCGUCGGUCGGAUCCAUUCGGCCUCCGCACAGCCUGCUAAAGUCUCCGUCUGCAGCCGCGGCCGCCCCGCUCGGGGGCGGGGGCGGUGGCAGCGGGGGUAGCGGGGGCUUCCAGCACUGGGGAGGUAUGCCCUGUCCCUGCAGCAUGUGCCAGGUGCCACCGCCACACCACCACGUGUCGGCCAUGGGCGCGGGCAGCCUGCCCCGCCUCACUUCCGACGCCAAGUGAGCCGACCGGCGACGGCGGGUUCAGGCGAGCGGGGAGCUGGGGAGGCCUCGGGGAAACGGAGAGUGGCAGGCGUCCGGGCUCGAAAG